AUGAGAGCUUAUCGCAGCAAUGUGAUUUUCUCAAUUCAGGGCGACGCACGCAAUAAGUUUAUUAUGUGUAUGCGAGAAUCUUGCGCUAUUACGAAAAAAAGUGACCAACUUGGAGUUGCCCGCUGGGCAGAAGACUCGGCGUCAAAAAAUAUCGACGCUGACUCGGCUUUCUCUUAG